AUGAGCCAGCUGGAGCUGCUGGCGACUGGUGCUUGGAACGUGGAAGCGCAGAUGGUCAGUUCCGGCUGCGCUUGGUCUCCGAAGGCUUCAGUCAACCCAGCGGAUGGUAUUUGGACGUUGAAGAGGAUGUCAGAAGUGAUGCUCAAAACGAGCGCCAUUUCUGCGACGUCAUCGUUCGAAAGAAGACAGGCGCUUCGCCGAUCGCAGAGUGGUUUAUCGAGCCUGAGGAAGAAGAGUACACUGCAGGUAGUGAUCCAAGACCCUGCAGAAUGGUGGAGCCCCUCCGUUGUAUCAAGUGAGAUCGGCGGAGCCUCACCUUUGGGGCUGGAGCUUGCACUUGUGCGGAGGUGUGGAAAGCGGACAGAAGACUCUUGCUACGCCCAAGUAGAUUCCAACUUCUGCAGUUCCUGGAUUUUAGAGAUGCAGACGAACUUGAUGGCCCUUUCUUUACCGAAGAAACCACCCAGACGUUUCUACGAGGUGGUUGUGCGGAACUAUACAGACAGGUUGUUGGCGUUGCAAGGUCCCUCCGAAACGGCGCUGCGCCGGAGCGUGGCAGGGAAAUUUCUGAAGCUCCAAAGCCAGGUGCCUGCAGAGCCAGGUGUUUUGGAGGCUUACCCGAAAUCGGUGCAGCUGGAACUCAUCGAAGAUCCACAGAAGCAUCGGUCUCCCACCAUUCAGGCCAUGUUUGCUUCCAGUGUCGCGGGUGAUCUUCUGGACCGCUUGGGCGGCAUAGGGCGGCCGCAGGUGCUUGUCAUUGCCACUGGAGGAACCAUCGACAAGGUCUACCCACGCACUACCGGGGGCUGGGCUUUCGAGAUUGGGGAUCCGGCCGUGGAGAGGAUUCUGGAACGGAUCACGCCCAGGGGCUUCACCUGGAAGGUCGAACAGGUCUGCGCCAAAGACUCGCAGGAAAUCACUGAGGAGGAUCGACAGAAAAUCUUGGAGCGUUGUGAGGCAUGGCACUCCAAAUACAUCGUGAUCACCCAUGGCACGGAUACUCUGAUUGAGACAGCCAAGUAUUUGGGAUCCAAACACGCCGACGGAGGAACCGUUUCUUCGUCCCUGGCGGAGGAUCUCCGCAUUUGUUUGACGGGCGCCAUGCGCCCGGAGCGCUUUGUGGACACCGACGCGCACUUCAACCUCGGUGUUUGCUUCGGUGUUCUCAGCGUUUGCGCCCCGGGGGUCUACGUUUGUAUGAACGGCAGAGCGCACCGCUGGCAUUCCGUGCAGCGCGACAUGGACACCGGCGCCUUCGUCUCCUGA